AUGUCAUCUGCUACGCCAGGUGGUGGCAGGCGCAAUAGACGAGCAACGCCGAGCGUGCCCGCAAACCCUUCGGCUGAGUCGCAAGUACCCGAAGAGCAACGCGCCAACAUCCACCUGCCAGAGGAAUGUUGGUAUGACGACAAAUACAAUGAUUCUUUUUACGAGGGCUUGCCGCCAAGGGGUGAUGGUCACGUCUUUCGAGUCUGGGCACUCAACGAAGCGGACGAUUUCGUCACGCUUUCCCUGACAAACAGAGCUCGCGUGCUAUACGACUCGUCGCACAAACUCAGAGGCAACUGCUUCUACACAGGAAUCGACAGCUUCAGCAUCGGGCCAGUUUUCAUGCGCGCCAAACCUCACUCAAAAAAGGCUCACAGACAAGACAUGAGCAACACUUUCCACUCUGGCAACUACAAAAUUGCCGGGGGUACGAAAACGGCAUUCCAAAUCAUCCCACCGAUGAGUCUUCUCCGGUACCAAGCGUUGUCAGAAGUGAAAGCACACUGCGCCGGCAUACAGAGGACCGACACUGGCGAUUAUCAGAAGAUGGGCAAAGGAAGGGCCUAUCAGAUCAACCAAUUCCAUCAAAGGCAACUCGAAGCAUUCCAAGCAGGCCAUCCCUGUCCGACUUCAUUCAACGAUGACAGCCUGUUGUUGGACUACGCUUUCAUCGAAGACAUGAAGCCCGAGAGCUGGGCGUACUUUCGAAUGAUGAUGCCAAAGAUAGGCGGCAAGCAGGUUCCUAAGCAACUGGGCGAAGUUGUCUUUUCUUUUCUCGCACGUUACGGAUAUGAUUUCGUCACACUGAACUUGGCCGUGUCAAUGUGCAUCGUUUGGGCGUGCUUAGUUACUGGUCCGGAUCACGGUGCAGAAUUGGCAGCAUACCAGGGCUAUGAUCGAAACCGACGACUGUUGAAGAAGGUGCCCGUGCCGUCUCUUGCGUCCUUCAUUUUGUAUGCGCCUCACUUUUUCCGUCUUCACGAGUAUUACCGACUUCCUGCAUACAUACAUAUCUUCAGAUACGCGCAUGAAAUGUACAGUCGGGAUAGGAAGCUCACGAAAGAGGUUUUCGACAUCGACAAGAACGACAUCAACGAAGAGCUGGUGAAGACUUUGGUCUGGGAGAUGGCUCUCCAAGACGAUGACUGGAUCGAGAUCGUUCCGCCUUCGUGGCCCGGCUCCCUGCUACCCAUGCCAGCCUCUCAUGGACCUCGAGUCCCCCAAAGCGACGAGACCACUGCGGCCCUUCUACUCGACGACAUCCACACCUUGGGAUUCCCGAACUAUCUCAACGAGUCCUGCCACGGUUUUCCUCCUGGACACGCAGACCACGGUAAACGGUGGAUCUCGCGAGGGGUCCACGUUCACCAGGACUGGGUCCCAGACCGGGUUACUUCCGUCUCGGCAUACCGAAACCUGCACCGGGACGUCUCGCCCGACAUCCCGCCGUCAGGUCUUGUGGUGUACCUUGGGGUAGGGUUCGUUACGCCUUAUCUACCUGAAGCUGCGCUUGACCCGACUAAAGAUGAUUGGGAGCUGGAGCAUCUCUGGACGGCGCCAAAGUCCACCAUCAGACGUCCCUGGAAGGAUUGCGUGAACGUCGAACAUCUAAACAACGAGCUUCUGAAAGCCGCGAAGAAUGAUGUGCAACCAAAGGAUCAGGUCGAGAAGUCCAACGCCAACCCCGCCGAAGACAUAGAGAAUGGCAGCAAUGCCGUCGAGCAGAGAGAGGAGGAGGGCGGAGGGGCUCAGGUCGCACAACCUGGCGGGCUGGAGCUACAUCAGGGAGAGGGCGACCGAGACCCAGCAGCUGCUCAGAGCGAGAACAACCCAGCCGCCGACCACGCGCGAUGA